UUUAUUAGCAAACAUGUGCCUAUUGAUGCACACAACCAACGUGGUCUCUCACCGUUAGCUUUAGCCAUCAGUUUUGGACACUCAGAUGUAGCUAUUGCGUUGAUUGAUGGUGGAGCCAAUGUGAACGGCAGGACACGAUUUGCCACUGUACUCCACUAUGCCAUCACAUGGAAUCGAUUAGACGUGGUCAAGAAGCUCGUUGAACACGGCUGUCAAGUCAAUGUAGUCAAUGAUAUUGAAGAAACACCGCUGUACUUGGCC